AUGGCUUUGGGAAGACUCGUUCACUAUGCGGUCGACGCAGUAUUGCUGUCGACGGUGCUAGCAGGCGUACGGAGGUCAAGUGGGUUUACCCCAAAUACCUCAGCGAUUACCGAGCCCACACUGCGCUCAGUCGCUGAUACGUUCCUCAGCACAGGCGAGACUCUGUUUGAUCUCAUCCAGAUGAAGUCGAUGAAUACCGAGUAUUUCAAGAAAGACUCGAAGACUGGGUCGAGGAGUGGAUAG